UUUUUUGCAAGGGAAAAAUUUAAUUAGCACCAAUCAAAUCAUUGUCAAGAGAAGAUAUAAUAAAAGUAGGAGGAAAAUGAAAUCAAGGAGGCGAAUCAGAUAAAGAACAAAUGGCUAUUGCUAAGGCAUGGCCGUCUUAUUCACCGAUCGACUAACGUGACUAAAUGAAAUGCUUGAAAAAAGCUUUGCUAAGUCUCUAAUGUCUUCUCCCGCAACAAACCAACUCAAGAGCAACUUGUCCCCUUCAAAAUUUCAGAAAGCUUCCGAUUCUACUUCAAUAUCCGUCCACCGAUAUCCUUGCAGCCAACUGAGAGCCUCCGGAAUCCCGAGCAACUCUGCCCCCGAAAGGAGACGGCGAACCUUGCCAAGGGCGCGACACACCUGCAACAAACCUAACACCAUCAUCUCGCAAGCACCACCCGAGUCCACAAUUUCGGAGAUGAACAGCGGUGUCGGUAUUAAGCUUAAGCUUCCCCUGGACCGAGGAGAGAGAAUUAACUGGAAUCACAAAUUCCUUACUUAAAUGGGAAAGUGUCAAAGUUAGUGGAACAUUGAAAAAAGGAAAGUUGACAAAAUUUUAAGAGAUGGAGGAAAAAAGCCAAAUGAUGUACUGCCAUAUACAUUGCGCACUCUUCUAUCCUUCGACUAAUUUUGUCUGUAUCAUCAUCUAAAUGGGUCUCCAUGGUUGUCUUUCCCGCCUAGUUAAAAACUUCCCAAGCUCCCGAAUUUAUCCAAUGAAUCCCUUUCCCAGUCUCCGUAACGGCAACCACCGUCUACUUGGAGCACAAUGCAACCGCACUAUUCACACAUUUGACCUGUCGUUCCAUGAACAACCACUCAACCUCCAUCCUGGCAACCAAAAUCCAGGUUCCAAAGUUGCCAAAACCAUUGAUGAAACGGAAAAGAUCUGCAAGCUAGCACUAAACCAUCGCACAUCGCAGACAGAGUUUUACCGUAACCUGAACUCUGCCUCUGUGGUUCCGUCUCCGGCAUUGGUCACUGAUGUUCUCAAAAAGCUCAGCAACUCCGGCGUUCUUGCGUUUUGGUUCUUCCGGUGGGCCGAGAAGAAGAGCGGGUUCCAGCAUACUGCUGAGAGCUACAAUUCUUUGAUCGAAGCUCUGGGUAAGAUCAGACAGUUCGCGCUGUUAUGGAGAUUGGUUGAUGAAAUGAAGAAGAAAAGGCUGGUAUCAAAAGACACAUUUGCCCUAAUAUCCAGGAGAUACGCGAGGGCUAGGCGGGUGAAGGAUGCCAUAAACGCGUUUGAGAAGAUGGGGAUGUAUGGGAUGAAGGCUGAUCUACAGGACUUCAACAGAUUGUUAGACACUCUGUGCAAAUCUAGGGCUGUCGGGACUGCACACCAGGUGUUCGACGAAUGGAAGCACAGAAGGUUCAAACCAGAUGUUAAAACCUACACCAUACUCCUAGAAGGGUUCGGUGAAGAAAGGAACAUGCUGAUGUUGAAUGAAGUGUACCGUGAAAUGUGUGGUGCUGGCUUUGAGCCAGAUGCUGUGAGCUAUGGGAUCAUCAUCCAUGCUCACUGCAAGGGUAGGGAGUACAAUAAGGCUGUGGAGAUGUUUCAUGAAAUGCAAAGGAGGAACGUCGAACCAACGCCUCAUAUUUAUUGCACCCUGAUCAACGGGCUGGGAUCAGCAAAGAUGUUGACAGAAGCUCUCGAUUUUUUUAACAUAUGCAAGAGUAGUGGCUGUGUGCUUGAGUUGGCUACAUUGAAUGCUGUGGUUGGAGCUUAUUGUCAUUCGUCGCGAAUGGAUGAUGCAUAUAGGACAAUUGAUGAGAUGAGAAGAAGUGGGAUCGGCCCAAAUGCUCGAACAUAUGAUAUAAUUCUUCGUCAUCUGAUAAAGGCACAACGGACAGAAGACGCUUACUCAGUUUUCCAGAAAAUGGAAAAGGAUCCCGUUUGUGAGCCCACUGUGAGUACGUACGAGGCUAUAGUGAGGAUGUUCUGUUCCAAGGAUCGCAUAGAUAUGGCUUUGAGAACGUGGGAUAAGAUGAAGGGUAGAGGGGUGCUUCCAACUAUGCAUAUGUUCUCAACGCUAAUCAACAGCCUCUGCCAUGAGAAUAAGUUGAACUGUGCCUGCAAAUACUUUCAAGAAAUGGUUGAUUUGGGGAUUAGGCCUCCAAGGGCGUUGUUCAGUAAUCUGAAACACGCUCUCCUGGAAGACGGACAAAAAGAUACAGUUAUUGCACUGGCUGAGAAAAUAGAGACACUGAGGAAAACUCCAAUGGUCGGAUAAAUAGUUAUUCUUUUCUUUUAAGUUAUUAUAUUUAAUAGGAACAACACAAGAGUGGUAUUCUUUCGGUCUGGGAUCUUCUGAGGCUCUAGAAACUAUUCUGGAUAUAGUUUCUCAUUAUUAUUUUUGUGUAAGUAUUUUUUUUGUAUGUGGUGAAAGACGUAUAAACACUAUAAGCGUAUUAAUUAUUUUCUAAAUGUUGUAAUAUUAUUUUUAAAGUAUUUAAAAAAUCAUAUAAUUUUGAAA